ACAGAUAUCUGCAACAUGUUUCAAUUUCAAUAUUGAUAACAUUGUUACCUUAAAAACAUAGAGGUUAUAUAAAGAAAUUAAAAGACCACCUUGAAACUUCAUCAACGAUAAAAGGAAUGGUCAAGUGAAAAAGAAGUUUGUUCGAAUGUUUUUUACGAAGCUAAAAGCUUUUCAGUGGUAUGGAUACUAAUUACAGAGUAAAUAUCGGCAAGUGGCUGCCAUUUCCUGGCAUCAUUCUCGAGAAAUGGUUCGCUGAAUCAUUGGCGCUCACCGUGAGAAUGGGCAAGCUUGUGGAAUGCAUAGCUUUAAUCAUCCAGGACAUUACAGACGCACAGGCUUGUGAUCUAGAGGCGUACAAGGGUGUCGCGAACGAUCUGGAGGAUGUGAUGAAGGAAUACAAAUCAAUUUGUAACGUGACUCUGAGCACACAUCCGAUAUACAAGUUCAAAAUGCGUCAUUUUUUGAUACAACUGAAGCGUAAGAUGAAUACGCUCGCGAGAUUUGUUAAAAAUUUGAUCAACGAAAUCGUUGACUGUAACAGCGACGAACUACUCACAGUGAUUUUCAGAUUAGUGAACAUUUAUAACGAUAUCUUGGACAUGGAUAUCGAUGUCUCCGAUUCAUCGACGAAUGUAUUUUACAACGAUUGUCCAUACAUGUUGGAACCAUUGAAGAAAAUGUCUGUCACUCGAAUAUUACAGAUGUUAGCGAAAAAUAGAGCAGAGGAAUUCUGCCACGAGCUCAUCGAUUGUUUGCUAGCAAACUACGAACCUCGUGAGAAAACCGAUCCUCCAUCAGCAAUGUCCGCGGACGUGGAUGUUUCAGAGAACUCGAGCAUCGAGAUUUAUCGAGCCCUCACGAGACACUUAACUCCGCCGACUGAAAUCUCCUCGUCGAGAGCCGACAUGGAGGUGUCGAACAUCGAGAACAUUCAGACCCUGGUUAAUACUCAGAACGAGCAAGUCUUUCGACUAUUGAAAAUCGUGCAAGAAGUUUCACCUCGAUUAUUAGGCGCCGAUGCGUUGAAGACAGUCAAAGGUGAAACAAGACUUAGGGGUAGCGCGAUGAAGAAAGUGAAGAAUUAUUACCAGGAAGUUGCAUGGGGUGCUUUAUCAGGAAUUCUGGAUCACGUUGUUCUCUGGUGGUCCCGGGAAGCACUUGCCACUCGCCAUAGUCAUGGAGCACAGCAGCUGAAGGAUUGGCUCAGUCAUUUUGUCCAAAGGAACCACGUACCAGAGACGGUGAGACCAGCUCUGCAAAAUCUCUGCGACGCCCUUGGCUACCAUGCGACCAUCACCGAAUGGGACCAUCUCUUCAGGCUGGCUUACACGUCGGCUUUUCAGUACCAAUCGAAAGCCUCGUCUACCGAGGGUACCAACACGGGACAGAUGUUCGUUGAGUUGUUCCAGUUGCUCGUUCGACUGAGCAACGAAUGUGAGGCAGGCGGUGAAUGGGUAAUCGGAGCACCGUUGAUGGAAUUGCCACUUUCGGAACAGAUUGUCGUUCUUCAUCGAUUGGAUCAUUCGGUUCACACUGUUAGACUAUGGAUCGUUCAGGAAUCGAAAAUCAUAGCCCAUACGUGGGAACUGGAUGUGUUCUUCCUGUUGGUCAAAGGUGACAUAGAGAAUUGCCUUGAAGAGCUUUCUUAUUUGAAGCUUGCUGAUCAUGCCAGCACGCUCUCAAUUGACUCUGUUAGCGUUCAGGUAUAUGUCUGCGCAAAAAUGAGAGCAAAAAUCGUGUCAGAAGUGAACGUUAAUAUAGAGUUACUUCAGAAGUGUUCUAUACAGUGUAUAGAUAUUCUAGCGAAAAUCUGUCGGGUGACCAGUCUGGCGAAUUUGCAUAUGUGUUUUCCACCAUCAAAUUACUGGAGAAAAGGAAGCGACGAAGCUCCAGCGGCAGCUAGUCCCUAUGUGGAACCUUAUUUUGAAAAGGUGUUACUUCCGGUGUUGGAAGUUAUCGAAGACUCCGAUACGUCCAAUAUGAUUCUUAGAAUUAUGUGCGAAGCGUGGCUCGAUUAUAUUUAUCUGCAUCGAAUUAAAUUUAGCGAAUACGGGGCGCUGCAAUUACUCACGGACUUUGCAUACGUGUCGAAGUGGGUCUCGAAUUGCUCGAUCAUUUCUCAAAACGUACGGAAUCAUUUGUUGAAGAACGAGGUACUUCGACGUUGCGAGGGAGUGGGUCGACUCCUUCUGCGACAUCCUGGCGAGGCGAUAUCGAUGCGCAAACGAUUGACGAGAACGAACGAACGAGGAUCGCCGGAAUCGCCAGGAUUGGAACGUAUGCCGGCGGAAAUGUACGUUCCGAAUCAGAAACAGUGGCUGGAACUUCGGGCCUCGAAAAUAUACAAUUUUUGUUGCAUCAAAUGAUCAAUUCUUAACAAAUGUAAUGGUCAAAAUUAUUUAGACGUUAUAGUAAUUAUAUUAUUAUUCAAUAAACUGAUUUGUUAACCAAUCGCAA